ACUGUGAUUUAAUUUAGUAGCCUACAUGCUAACGUUAACGUUGCUGUGAAUGUAAAACCAUGUCAAUGGCUAGAUGAUAAUCUUUAUAAUUAUAGAUACAUUGAAUCUUAUUCUGUCAUUCUCUAACCUUAUGGUGACGAAUUUAGCGCAAAAGGCUUUGGAUUGCUUUGCGAUGCAAUUGCGAUGUCUUGCUAGUUAGCCACGAUAGCCGACGAGAGCUAAUGUCAGUACAUUAAUUUGCCAUCGCAUUUGAUACCAAUAAGGUGGCUAGCAGCAGUUGGGCAGUUCAUGACAGGCCUGUGUCCAGUGGCUUUAUGUAGCUCCUAUUAUUUAGUCGAUAACAGUUAGAUGUGUGGAUUGUUUCACGGUCUAUUUAGCCCGUUUUGUUGGCUAGUUAGAUAGCAUACAUUUAGCAGGAUAUGCGCAGUAUAGGAGCUAUAACAUUUUUAUUAGCUCGCAAGAUACACUGGUAGUUUUAAACAUUACUUGAUGUGCAGAACAUUAGCAGCAGAUCUCCGUUAUAACCAGGGGUAGACGAACAUGGGUGGCAAUGAUGAAGACAUGUCAAACCAUCUGGUCAGUAAACAACGCACAGAUGAAGAGUUGAACGAAAAGAAUCAGCGGAAUAGCCAGGAGCACAGCGGCAACAGCGCAAAAUGGGUGAAGGAGGGCCAAAACCAGCAGCGCAAAGUGGCGGAGAAACAGCAGGACCCCAACCACAAUGAUAAUGUCAACUGGAACGAGGACAGCUCCCCAAAUCAAAAUAAUCAAGAUGACGUGCAGGGCAACGAGGAACAGAUUAACACAUCAUCAAAAAUACUGCACUCCCUCCGCCUGAACCUUGAUGUGGAGUCCAAGAACAUCCUAAAUGAACCUCUCAUUAUUGAGGCACUGGAUGGAGAAAAGGGCAAAGAGAAAGACAAGAAUGACAAGGAAGAUGAAGGUGAGGAGUUGGACAGAGACGAAGAGAAGGACGUCUCGGCACCAAGCUCAGGAGAGAAAAAUAUGUCCCCAGCUGAGGCUGGGUCUGUGGAGGAAGGAGAGGACCUUGGCAAAGACGCCUGCCAGUUGUUCUCCGACAUGAACGCAACACCUAGCGAGGAAGAUUCCAGCUGGACAACGGUGUCACAGGACAAUAGCGCAGACAAGUCUCCCAAUGGCAAUGGCGACUCCAUCUGGGACUCCAAUGCUUUCGAGACAGACAGUGACCUGCCUCCAGGGUGGAUGCGCAUCCGAGACACCUCAGGAACCUACUACUGGCACAUACCCACAGGCACUACUCAGUGGGACCCCCCCUUACCCUCUGACAAGGUGGAGGAGUCCACAAUGUCUUCCAGCAUGUCUCUAGAGACGACCCCGUGUGAGGAGCCAGAGAUCACUUGGGGCACUUCAACUCGUCCAAAUAUAUUUGAUGAGGAAGAGCCUUGGAAGGAUGAGGAGGCCACAUCAGAUGAGAGUCUGAAGGAGUUUGAGGGAGCUACUCUUCGCUAUGCAUCUAUCAACCUGAACUGCUCCCAGUCUGAGGAGGGUGAGACAUCUGCCGCACUCUGCACUAACCUGGAGGCUAAGUGUUUUGCCGUGCGCUCCCUGGGCUGGGUGGAGAUGUCCGAAGAGGAAAUGGCACCGGGAAGGAGCAGCGUGGCCGUCAACAACUGCAUUCGUCAGCUCUCCUACCACAAGCAUAACCUCCACGACACGGCAGGCAUCUGGGGAGAGGGCAAGGACAUGCUGAUGGUGCUGGAGAAUGAGCAGAUGAACCUGAUCGACCCGCUGAGCCAGACUCUGCUGCACACCCAGCCCAUCGUGAGCAUCCGCGUGUGGGGCGUGGGCCGAGACAACGGCAGAGAAAGGGAUUUUGCAUACGUAGCCCGAGACAACCUGACCCAAGUCCUGAAGUGUCAUGUGUUCCGCUGUGACACCCCUGCCAAGCACAUUGCCACCAGUCUGCAUGACCUGUGCUCCAAGAUCAUGGCAGAGAGAAGAAGUUCCAAGCACGGGCUGAGCCGCCUCAACUCUGACUCCUCCAGUCUGGGAGCCAUAUCAGUGCAAGAAUUCCCUGUGCCAAAAAAUGAGCUGUUCCAGCGUUUCCAUGUCAACUACCUUGGCAAUGUGCCCGUGGCUAGGCCAGUAGGUAAGGAACGCUUGGGCAUGGACACCAUCAACGACGCCCUGCAAGCCACAAUGGACAGCAAAGAGAAGCACGAGUGGACAGCGGUGUCUGUCGACGUCGCUCCCGCUACACUGACCAUCUUAAAACGAGAGACCGAGGAGGUCCUGUGUGAGUGCCGCGUGCGUUUCCUCUCCUUCAUGGGCGUGGGGAAGGAUGUCCACACCUUCGCCUUCAUCAUGGCGGAGGGCCCUAGCGACUUUGUGUGCCAUAUGUUCUGGUGCCAGCCCAACGCCGCCAGCUUGAGCGAAGCCGUCCAGGCCGCAUGCAUGCUGCGCUAUCAGAAGUGUCUGGAUGCACGCCCGCCCAGCCUGGGCUCCUGCCUGCCGACCCCCCCUGCAGACUCGGUGGCACGACGGGUUAGAAAGGGAGUGCAAAGCCUGCUGGGCAGCUUCAGGCACUACACCUCCAGCUCCCAGUCUCCCUGAGACACACACACACACACACACACACACACACACACACACACACACACACACACACACACACACACACACACACACACACACACAGAGAAACACAAAUACACAUACACAAAUGUACUCCAAGACACACAAAUAGUUGAAGGAAGACACAACCUAAUAAUCGAAAAUUCAUCUAUUAUCUUGACCACUUGUGAUAGUAGGCAGUAGGUCAAGCAGUUUCCUCUAGUUCCUGCCCUCUUCCUAUCGGCAUGGGGAGAAGUGGAUAGUGGCCGCACUUUCAGUUUGACUGUUCCUUUCAUACAAAACACACAAACACACACUCAAACAGAUAUACUUUUUAACACAUAGUAGUAGAGUAGAAAUACACUCAUACAAGACACAGUACUUGCACACACAAUCACACAUACACAUCUUAGACACACACACACACACACACAAACACAGAAAGUCAUCUCAACUGUCAAAGCCUCUUUGUAAUAAUGCAUGACUCGGUGGCGAUAAUAGUCUCUGGCACUUCAAAAUUUGUUUAGUUCUUAUUUUUUUAAUCAGGUGCAGCAAAUGAAUCUAUUUUGACUGUGGGAUAUUGACCGUGUAAUAGUCUCUAGUUUUCAGGGUUGUUAAUGAGUAUCAAGAAAUGUUUACAAUUACGUUCAGUUGCACCAAUGUCCAUGCGGCAUCUUGCCUUUUUUUUAGCGUUGUGUAGUUUCUUUACUUUUUGUUGUUAUUGGUUUCUCUUGCGUUUCAGCACUUAUUUUUAAUAAUCACUUAGUAAUAGAAUAUUAGUAUAUAAUUAUACUACACAUAUUUCCAUUGGGAAGGUAGCCACGAAUUAGUCAAGCAAAAUGCCACCGUGAUACACAGAAAUGUUAAUAUACCUUUUACAGUUAAAAAAAAAAGUUGCUAAUGAUAAAUGUGUAGAAUAUAGUGUGUCAUGGUGUUAGACUUUUGAGGAGUCCCAUUUGUCUCUGUACUUUGUAUACACUUGUCUCACGUCGCAAGUCCUUAUCAGAAACGCCAUGUUUGUGAAUUAGCGUAGCAUAGAGCUUUAUGUCAACUCGACGACGAAAGUAGAAUGCACUUAGUUCACAGUUCCGAGGAAUGUGUCCAAAUCCUCCAAAGACAGUCUGUCAAAGUAAUGUAAAGAAGACAAAAAAAAAAAACACAAGCACCCACCGAACCAGAUGUUCAUGUAAUGCGGUGCUUACUCGUAUGUUUGCAUGAAAGUGGAUCCGAAUCACUACAGUACUUGUGUGCAAUAAUAGGCCGACUCCAUGGGCCAACCCACGGAGAGCUUAAGGCUCGGGGUAGGGCCAGUUAAUAAGCGGUGCCAGUCAGUUCUGGUCGGGGUCAGUUGGGGAAACUGGUGCUCCUUUAAUCGGCCUUCACAUACAACGCGACAACGGCACCACCACUGCGCUCUGAAACGCGUUAAUUUUCAAUGUCUUGCACAGUGCAGCACUGCGCUGCUCAGAGAGCUCUCACGCCCACCGCUGUCAAAGUUGAACAACGUUGAACUGCAAGGGCAGAUGCUCGGUGGUGACUACUAGUGGCCAGCGCAGCUCAUACCGCUUUGUAUGUGAAAGCCAUAUUACACAGAAGAGACUUCUGAAGUCUGUGUCAUCCCCCCCCCCCCCCCCCCCCACCACCACCACCACCACCACCACUUCACCACCCCCACCCUGUGCAAAGUCAUCCAGGGCAGUGGCGUUGGCUCAGCUGCAGCGAGAGUUUGCUUACAACUGCAUGUCAGGCACCUUAUUAGUGCUGUCAUGCAUCCCCACACACCGCAUGUUUAAAUAGCUUUGAGUAAUAAAGCAUGUAAGUGCUGACGUGACGUGGCGACUUACACCACUGUCACUGCCAGCAUUUACGCCUCAGUCCUCUGAGGGCCUGGAGUAUGUACUAGUUGUGUGUGUGUGUGUGUGUGUGUGUGUGAGUGAAUAAGUGAGAGAGAGAGUAAGUGUGUGUGUGGAUGUGUGUGCGCGUAUGCUUUUGUAGGGAAUGCCAUGCUAGUAGUGUCAGUCAGUGUCGAUGUGAAAUUAGAUUAACGUUAGAUCUCCUUGUCGAUUUGAUAUCCUGAUAUCCACCGAAUAGCAGAACGCAUGUCAUUGCCUUUUCCAUUCCACCCCCGAGAGCGCCGUGCGGCGCUGCGCCUUGACUCCCUAGGCCCACUCUCCCUGUACAGUGCCCUUACACAGCACUUAUCUAAAGGCAAAGCCGGCUUUUUGUGUUUGUACUUUCUGUUACUCUUUCUACUCUUCUCAGGCCCCUGGCCUCACUGGAAAAAAAUGUUUUGUAUCAUUUGCACACAACAUAGUGUACACACCACUGCGUAGAAAUUGCACACGACCUCUUGGUAGGUGAAAUGUCGUAGAAUACUGUACACCAGAGAACACUUGUCAGAAAUAUUCAUGUUUUUUGUCUAUUGAAUUGUGUUGAGAAAAUAAGAGUAAAAAGUAGAAUCUAACCUGUAUAAGGCGCCAGUCUUUAUCCUAGUAGAAAUUGGCCUCCUGUCAAAUGGAAUUAGCGAAAGCUUGGAUUUGCUGUCUUCAAACAAACAAGGGUGUUUAAUCCGCCUUUGAAAUGGACACUAAUGUAUUGUUUGGGUUUACGAGUAAUUAGUCGGAUGUUUGCUUUUGCUUAUGCUAAAUGCAUAUCCCUUGUCAACUCUGAGAUAAAACUGCCCCUUUUCUCCACUGUAAAUAAUUGAUACUAAAUGCAAGUCAGAACAUUGGACAUCUCAUGAAUUAAUUUUAUUUAUUUAAAAAAUGUGUAAAUGUGGUGUAAAACAUGUAUAUAAAAGUCACUGCACAAAAAAAUAAACGUGUAUGUCUUGUG